UAAACCCUGAAGCCUGAGCUGCUACUAAUGCUAUAUCCCUCCUCUUCCGACGGCUGAAGUCGACUAUUCAGCUUUCCUCUGAGACUCACCGGAAAAUCUUGUAUUUGGUUUCGUCUCGUCGUCUCCCGGAUAAAUUUGUUUGCCGGAGUAAGGAUUUCACCGGGAGCUAUGAAGUUCCUCAUUCAAUCCAUUUCUGGGAGGAAUCGGUCUCUGGUUCGAGCUCUGGUUAGUCGGCGUUACUUCGCUUCAUCGCCGGACGAGAUCGCAAAGAAAAAUUACGCCAAUGAUCUGUCAGAAUACAACACAGCUGUCAAUUCCGUCACUGCUCAGCGCAGGCACUAUUUGCUGAGGGAUGUGUAUGAUGAUAUGAAGCUAGAUGGUGUGCAGCCUACAGCUGAUAUAUUCCAUUCCUUUGUUGUGGGAACGAUGAAGGGUGCUCGUUUGAGUGAUGCUUUCUUUUUCCGUGAAGAAAUGAAGGCCAUGGGAAUUGCUCCAGAUGUAAAUCUGUACAACUUUUUGAUUUCCACAUGUGGGAAAUGCAAGAAUGGAAAGGAGGCGAUCCGAGUCUACGACGAGAUGAAGAGAUAUGACGUAAAACCAAAUGGACAGACCUUUGUCUGCCUGCUCAAUGCCUGCGCUGUUUCUGGCCAAUUAGAUCUUGUGUAUGCGAUAGUUCGAGANUUGACAUAUAUUGAGAUGAAUCUAAAUUCUCAAUUGAUCCAGUANUUAAACAAGCAGCGUAGACCAGAUAAUCUUUCUACCAAGAUUCUCGAGUUCGUAGAGCAGUCAAAAGGCUGGUCAGCAAUUGAUUCAUCAAGGAAGAGUGCAGAAGAUGUGAUGUUUAGCAUCAGUGAAGAGGAGCUUUACAAUAUUCCAACCGCUGAAUAUGCUCACAGGACCAGGUUUCUGCAGAGAAAUUUGACCGUGUACCACGUAGCAUUUAGUGCACUCGCUGAUCUAAAGGAUGUAAAAGCAACGGAAGCUCUACUUGAGAUGCUUAAGAAAGACGGCAAAGACACUGAUACUUACUGUGUGCUACAAAUUAUGAGGUGCUAUCUACACUCGCAAGACUUUGAGAAUGGUCUCAAAUUGUUUGAAGAUUACAUGAGGGCAGAGAGAAUCCCUGCUAUGGAACUCUAUACGACACUUAUUGAGGGGGCUAUGACAGGAUACACCGAGAAUGGAAUGAAGAUUGCUCAAGACACUCUGGUCCAAAUGAACGAACGCAAUUUCUUCUUAGACCCAAGAACUGGAAGCAGUCUGCUACUUAAAGCUGCUGGCGAAAAGACGGGCGGGUACACAGUUGCAAAUAUGAUAUGGGAUCUCAUGCAAGCUCGAAGGAUUACACCUACACUAGCUGCUGUUGAAGCUUACUACAAAGGAUUGAAAGAACGUGAAAUUCCAGAAGAUGAUCCGAGACUCAUGUUAGUGACGAGUACAUACAAUACCUUGCGACUUAAGGAAGGGACAUUAAACAAUCGGCGUUAAAACAAAGGGAUCAAGAGGAG